AUGUCAAGGCCACUCCAGUCUCUAACUCACUCAGAUCCGGGGAGGCUUGCUAAUAGCCAAACCAAAGAGGCCUGUGAGGUGAAGCCAUCAGAAGCCAGGCACCAAUCACAUCUAUCAGCUCGGGAAAAUGUCCCUGUGGCCUGUUUUGAUCCACCUCUUGAAGUGGGUCCUACCAGGAACCCAGUCAUACACAACAUAAAGGCAGCAGACCCAGUCCACCCUGACCUUGCCAGCUUGGUGAAAAACAAGACUCUUUUAGAAGUAGGCUGGAGCUCUGACCAGGUACGGCUGGUGGAUCUCAGCAGCCAUCUGAGAAAUAUUCAAAACAAAAUUUUCAUAAAAGAAACUUCAUUGCAAGAAAUGAAGACCGAGUUGGAGAGUUACAAAGAAAGUAAUGCUCAGCAGUCGCUACAGAUAAUGUCCCUGAGAGAUGACGUCAAGAACCUCCAGGACCUUAUAGCUUCUCUAAUGAAAGUUAAGAUUUUGAAAAACACAAAUUCUCAGAAUAUUGAAAGAGGCAACUGGGACCUAACUGAGCGAGUUAUAGACCUUGAGAACCGCCUAAGAGAACAUCUGGUGGAAAGAGAGAGGACGGGGCAAAAGGCAGAGCUGGAGAAAAGGUGGCCUUGUUCUAGCAGAUUUUCUCCCUGUCCAAAUCUGAAAGGGCCAGAAGAUUCCUUGGAUAUUUUCCCCGUGAAGGACAAUGGCGAAGGUUCCAACUUUGAGAGAGACAUUGUUUACUCUGAAGGACCAGUUGAUGAGCAAGACAUUGGGGGUAAAUGUCAACACGAUUUGACCCACAAAGAAAACUUAACAUUGGAGUUCGACAGACCUCCAUAUUCCUGCAGCUGGGAAACCUCACCCGAGCAGGCCCAUCACCAGGAUUUCCUUGGCCAGUUGGCUACUCUACUGAGUGACAGCAUCGGCCCCAUACUAGCCACAGAGGAAGCAGUGAAAGAGAGGAUCCAGGAAAUGGGUGCAAAUGAACAGUUGUGGAAAUCUAAAUCAGAAGCCCUGCAGCAGGAAAUUCAGACGCUCACUAAGAGACUGGAGCAGCUGUACCACCUCUAUGAAGAAGCUGCUGAAAGGUCACCCCAAAGUGAAGAAAGUUAUAUGGGACAGAAGAGACCCUUGCAACAUCUGGAAAGAAAGGGUGCUGUCAGCUCCCUUCUGAGGAGUGUAGACAUGGGCAGGAAGAAAGAAAACUCCAGGACUCGGACUGCCCAGACAGAUAAACACCGGAAGUUCAAACAGUUGGAAGUGUUAUUGGAUAUCGAGCAGAAUUCGAAGAUGGCUGUCGGCCCAGGAAUGGAGGAGAAAAUUCAGAAGCUUCAGAAGCAGCUUAGUGAUUUGAAGUUGUCCAAUAAAAACAUGAAAACUCAACUGACGAGGAUAAACGUCCUUAAAGACAAGACAAUUGAGAGGCUCAGGCAAUCUGUAACAAAAGUCGAAACAGUGAAAGAAAAGGCAGUUGCCAAAACAGACAACCUGAAGACCUCAUCGGACUCGGCGGAGCCGGCAGCCAGAUCAGAGGAGAAGGCCCACCAGACACCAGCCCACCAGACGCCACCUCGGGGCCCUCCUGAGCCCUCCACCAUCAGGAGCACACCCAAAGGGGUCUCAGGACGAGAGCAAGAGCUUGCUGACUUUCGAGAAACCAUAAUGAAGCUGUUGGGAUUUAAUGUGAAAACAGCAGACAAGGAAGUCAUUAAUCAGCUGAAGCUUGUCAUCCAAGUUUAUGAAAUCUCCAACAAAUCAAAGACAGCUCCUCCCAGUGAGACCGGACAGGACAAGUGA